GAGCCCAUACAGUGUUCCGACAGGGAAAACAGAGGAAUAGGACGUUACAGAACUUUGGGCGAUGCCAGCGCAGGUAGGAUCAGCAUGAUUUAUUUCAAGGCUGGUGGCGAUGUGGAAUUUUACUUUAUUUGACCGGGGCCUUCAACUGUUUCGUCGGCUUUCGGAAGUGUAAUAAAACAGAAUAUGAGACUUUCCCUUGCUUCUUUAAUAGAACUCAAUCAUAAACCUGGAAUAGAACUCAGAGCCUAGACAGAAUAUGAAACUACUAAUACUAAAAGGUCACGCAAAGCUCAAUUAUACUGCUUGUAAAAUGUAGCUAUGACAAUCAUAUAAUAAAAUAUUUUUGGACUGUAUAUAUAUGACCUUGCUCGAAAAGAGUUUUAUUGUAUCCCACAGACAAUUGAAUAUAUGUAAGGCUUUUAUACCCCGACCUUGCUUUUGUUAAAAACGUUUUGUUAGAGUUACUUAUUAUAAAUGCGUGGUNUAACCUAACUUAACUUGUUUUUUAUUAUUAUUUUAUUGUUUACUGAAGAGGAACUCAGGCUUUUGUGCUCAUGUUGGCCGCGCGGAUGCACCACCAGUCUUACCAAACACGAAAUUUUUUCAAACAUCUAUUCCAGCUGCUAUAGCCGAUAGUUAAACCAAUGCCUUUUGACUUUUUUCUACAGAGCCCAUACAGUGUUCCGACAGGGAAAACAGAGGAAUAGGACGUUACAGAACUUUGGGCGAUGCCAGCGCAGGUAGGAUCAGCAUGAUUUAUUUCAAGGCUGGUGGCGAUGUGGAAUUUUACUUUAUUUGACCGGGGCCUUCAACUGUUUCGUCGGCUUUCGGAAGUGUAAUAAAACAGAAUAUGAGACUUUCCCUUGCUUCUUUAAUAGAACUCAAUCAUAAACCUGGAAUAGAACUCAGAGCCUAGACAGAAUAUGAAACUACUAAUACUAAAAGGUCACGCAAAGCUCAAUUAUACUGCUUGUAAAAUGUAGCUAUGACAAUCAUAUAAUAAAAUAUUUUUGGACUGUAUAUAUAUGACCUUGCUCGAAAAGAGUUUUAUUGUAUCCCACAGACAAUUGAAUAUAUGUAAGGCUUUUAUACCCCGACCUUGCUUUUGUUAAAAACGUUUUGUUAGAGUUACUUAUUAUAAAUGCGUGGUCGUUUCACAUUUGACAAGGCAGUGUUCAAAGUUUACUUCAGUCUGCUUUAAACCAUUUCUUAAAUAGAGCAGAAGAAUACUCUUGGAGGUCAUACUGGGAUAGAUUUAACAGUUUGUUACGACUAUAAACUUCUUUAGAUUUGAGAUGAGCCAGAAUUAAAAAUUAAACGCUGCAUAUUUUGAAAGUAUUCGGUGUACUUGAGGACCUGACCGGACAGAGAAAAGGAAUGUUCAUUCACCCGGAAUGCAUAUAGAUCAAUCGCUUUAUCUCUGGCUCAAAGGACACUAUCUUUUGAAAGCUACAACAACACUUAUCUCAAUUUUCCUAGAAAAAGUAAAUGAUCAGUUCAAAUGACACAAUUUAAAGAAAAUUCUUUUCUGAAUUGAGACAUAACAGGAAGUACGUUUUUUACCUACCUUUGUGACAGGUUUUAACUUUCACAAUGAACGCGCACCGAAAUCACGGCUUAUGGUAUGCAGGCUGAUAUCGUUGACUGAUAAGCAAAGCUGGUGCUUCAGCUAGUCCAAAAGAGUGCAUGCGCGCUUGUUAUUGUAUAGUAAUCUACUGGCUACCGGCUCUAUCAGUUCUUAGUAGAAUUCGCCUGGAACUCAGCUCCUCCUCCCCUGACACAUGCUCACUACUGAAAAUCAAGAUGGGCGGCUUCUUCCAUUUUUUAUCUGUUCUCCAAAGGAUAUAUUUACGUGCAAGGAUGACAUGUCGACGCCUCUUCUGUAAUACUCGUGGAAUCAAUGAGAAGAAACUUCUAGGUGAACUAAAAUGUACGUAAAAUUCAGUAAUUCUUCAAAUAGUGAUAUAAGCCAUGCUUGUGGCCUCUGAGGGAUAAAUAAAAAUUCGAAAUGAACGCGACGAAAACGUACAACUAAAACGGUUGGCAAAGUGUGAGAAACUUCAUUCUCAGUUGAUCUUUAGCCAGCAGUAGUCCGAUCGUGCCGAGAAACGACUGCGAAGGCUUUCACUUGCUGUCAGUUAAGGUCGGUCAGUUCGUCUAAAAACUUUACUUCUAAGUAAGGGGUAUGAAACAGGCUAUUCAGGUAUAUAUAGGCUUAAAACGCAACCAAGUUAAAUUAACCCUCCCUGUCCAUUACACAUAUAGUAAGUUGCCUCGUACCACACCAUCACACACACUUCACUGAUUGAAUCCGAGUUCCCAGUGCAAGUGGACUAGAUUUCAGCGUGCGAUGACGGAGCCCUAAAAAGAAUAACGAACUGUUAACUAACAGACCCCAUUUAACAUGGCUGAAUUAAAGUAAGAACAUCUAGACUUACACGCACGAAAAGCACAAUGGUAAGGCUGUUUAUCUACUCAUAAAAUCACAUUAAAUAAAUUGGGGCGAAAAAAUAUAAAACUAAGCAAAAACAAAUCUACGAUGCUGCAAAAAUCUGCAAUGCUACUAAAAAAAACCAAGUGUUUGCAAAGUCUUUAAAGGCUCAAAAUACAUUUUCAUCCAUGUGUCUCCGUUUUCUUAAAGUGUAAAAUUAAGCAUAAGAAGACCGAAGUUAUAGUUCUCUAGUUGUGUUAAUAUUUAUGUUGUGCUAAGCACUGAACUUUUCUUUCACUUUCCACUUUAAACCCUUGUAACUAAUAAACUAAAAAGACUCAGUAGACUUGUUUUUUCUUAUGGCCAUUAAUACACAGCAUGCGAACUUCUUUAGGAGUAGUACACUUAAUUCAAUGAUCCAAACCGCAGUUAAAAUUAACUCAGCCUUUUGUUGUGCAGAUGCUCAAAUUGAGUCUUACCAAAACGAAAUUUUGAUCAAGCAUCUAGAUUCCAGCUGUUAACCAAAAGUCUGCCUUUUGAAUUUUUUUUGUACAGACCCUGUUCAGUGUUCUGAGGCCGGGGAUCAAGAGAGAAACGAAGAAAUGGAACGGCUCACUCUUAGCGUAGGCAGGACAGUGAUUAGCAUUUAUUUCAAGGCGGCUGAGUGUCAGGGUGGCGAUGAAGUGGAAUUAUACAUCAUGUAA